CUGGGUAGCCAUGGCCACCCACUGCGGCUGCUGGCCCACAGCGCAGGGAUCAAGAGCCUGCAAGUCCUGCCCCUUCUUUUCCUCGCUUCUAGCUCCAUUCAUACACUAGGGAAAGUUAUAUUUUCAGCCUGCUUUUUGCUCAUUUUCUCGCGUGGCAGGAUUCAUACGCCUCUUUUCCAGUUUUUACAUAGUUUUGCCGAACGAGCAGAAAUUCAUAGGAAAUCAUGAGCACCAACGAGGUUGAUCAGCAGGUCGAGCUGUGGAAGAUGAAGAAGCUCAUUAAGAGCCUGGAGGCGGCGCGCGGAAACGGCACCUCUAUGAUUUCCCUGGUUCUGCCGCCCAAGACGCAGCUGGCGCAGACCAACGGCAUGCUGGCCAACGAGUACGGAACAGCCUCCAACAUUAAGUCGCGCGUGAACCGCCUGUCCGUUCUGUCAGCGAUUACAUCGACGCAGCAGCGCCUGAAGCUGUACACGCGGUGCCCGCCGAACGGCCUUGUUGUGUACUGCGGUACGAUCAUGACCGAGGAGGGAAAGGAGAAGAAGGUGAACAUUGACUUUGAGCCAUUCAAGCCUGUGAACACGUCGCUGUACAUGUGCGACAACAAGUUCCACGUCGAGGCGCUGGCAGAGCUGUUGGAGACGGACGCGCGGUUCGGAUUCAUUGUCAUGGACGGUAACGGCACGCUGUUUGGAUCGCUGUGUGGAAGCAACCGCGAGGUGCUGCACAAGUUCACGGUCGAGCUUCCCAAGAAGCACGGCCGAGGCGGUCAGUCUGCGCUGCGUUUCUCGCGUCUGCGUGACGAGAAGCGCCACAACUAUGUGCGCAAGGUCGCUGAAACUGCUGUGCAGAUGUUCAUUACCAACGACAAGGUCAACGUUGCUGGCCUGAUUCUUGCUGGUUCGGCCGACUUCAAGUCCGACCUGCACAAGUCUGAUUUGUUCGAUCCGCGUCUGCUGGAGAAGGUGGUGAAGAUUGUCGAUGUCUCGUAUGGCGGUGAGAACGGCUUCGACCAGGCUAUCGGUCUGUCGCAGGAAUACCUGGCCAACGUCAAGUUCAUCCAGGAGAAGAAGCUCAUUGACAAGUACUUUGACGAGAUCUCGCGGGACUCGGGCAAGGUUGUGUAUGGUAUUGACGAUACGCUCAAGGCUCUGGACAUGGGCGCCGUCGAGACCCUGAUCGUGUGGGAGAACCUGGACACCAACCGCUAUGUGUUCCGGGACUCUGAGGGCGGCGAGGUCGAGAAGUUCCUGAACCCGAUCCAGGAGGAAGACAAGUCGAACUAUGCCGACAAGACCACAGGCGCUGAGAUGGAGGUCAUUAAGAAGGAGCCGCUGCUUGAGUGGCUGGCCGAGGUGUACAAGCAGAAGGGUGCUGCGCUCGAGUUUAUCACUGACCGGUCGCCCGAAGGUUCCCAGUUUGUCAAGGGCUUUGGUGGUAUGGGCGGCAUGCUGCGCUGGCAGCUCGAUGUCACCCAGCUCGGUGACGAUGAGGACGAUGAUUUCUACUAUGACAGCGACGAUGACUACUGAGCGGCAUGCCGUACCGUACCAUGAUGUUGCUGGACACAUGCAAGGGACAUUGCCUGCGGGGUUGCAUGUGUGAUGUAGACCUUUCCAGACAUUACCUGCGGCCUUCAAACGAAGCAAAUAAAAUAUCACCCUAACCCGACCCUUCAUGGCAUUGCUGUUUCCAACUUGACAUUUUUGAGAAAUGGCACUGCAAGUGAUACAUGUCGCUGAGACAACAAGCAGUGUAAAGUGAGCCGAGGCAAUGAGGCUGCCAUGUAUACGCUGGCAAUCCCUGCUGCACGCCUGUGUCGUUUCCGAAC